AUUAUAUUAUAUUGUGUGACCGCAACAAAAAACACAAUUACAAAACCAUGUAUUGCGACAACUUUUAUAGUCCUUAUCUAUUCUCGCUUUAUGUGCAACAAAAACCAUUAUCUGCGGCCAUCACUGGUUCAUCGACCGCACCCUUAGUGCCCAAAUGUGACGCUUCCGUACAGACGGACAACGAUAUACUGACCGACGAGUCGCCGGAGUUCGCCGCCCGACCCCCUCCUUGUCUCAAACGCGAAAUGAUUACCUCAACCAAUAUGUUUCGGGAGAUCGACCGACGGGUAGCCGAUACACCGGAAUAUGAAACACUACAAGAAUUGGUGGAAAACAUAUGCAAAUACACUAAAAACGAUUUAUUCAAAGUGAGGGCUAUAUUCCGUUGGAUUACCAUUAAUAUCAAGUUUGACUGGAAGUAUAUGGGCGUCAAUAUGUCGUCGGAGGAGAUACUGAAAUGCGGUGAAGGCGUCUGUAAGGACUACUGCCAACUAUUCGCCGAUAUG